AUGAAGCGUGUUUCCAAUUACACACUCGCCAUCCUCGCUGCAUUGGCCUCGGUGCUCCUCUUCUUCCUCGACAUCUCCGCCAUAGCAGACGCUCUCAUCAACAGCGACAUCAGACGGAAAGCAGGUGCAAACCAGCCCACGACGCAGCUUCGAGGCCUCCUGCCGAAGAACCAGUAUCCCCAAGAACCCAAUCCCGUUGCCGAAAUGGCUGUUGCCCAGCGCGCCAUCCGCAAGGUCUUCCUCGCCAUCGAGCAGGCCGAGGGCGCCGGCGCUCGCGUCCGUCGAUCCAUCGGCACCCACAACCUCCGCAACUUCUCCCCCUUCCUCAUGCUCGACCACUUUUCCAUCAAGCCCGGCGCUGGAUUCCCCGACCACCCCCAUAGAGGCCAGGAGACCAUCACCUACCUCCUCGAGGGGGGCGUCGACCACGAAGACUUUGCCGGCAAUCGCGGCUCCCUCAGCGCCGGCGACCUGCAGUUCAUGACGGCCGGCCGCGGCAUCGUCCACGCCGAGAUGCCGCGCCAGAACCCGGACGGCAGCCCCAACGUCGGCCUUCAGCUCUGGGUGGACCUGCCAAAGGACCUCAAGGCGUGCGAGCCCCGCUACCGCGACCUUCGCGCCGCCGAAAUCCCCUCGGUCGACGUCGACGACGCCAAGGCCACCAUCAAGGUCAUCUCGGGCCAGAGCCACGGGGUCGACUCGGUCAAGGAGCUCGCCUACACGCCCGUCUGGAUUCUCGACAUUGUCCUGCGGCCGGGCGCCAAGGUCACGCAGCCGCUGCCCAAGGGCUGGAACGCCUUCUCGUACGUGCUCGAGGGGGACGCCUUUUUUGGCGAGGGGGACGCGAGGACCAAGGUCGAGCAGUACCACAACGCCGUCUUCAACCAGGCCGGCGACGUCGUCCACGUCGAGUCGGACCCGGCCGCCCAAGGCUCGACCCGGCUCGUCAUCGUCGCCGGCACCCCGCUCGACCAGGAGGUGGUCCAGUACGGCCCGUUCGUCCUCGACUCCAAGGAAGCCGUCUACCAGGCCAUUGCCGACUACCAGUCCUACUCCAACGGGUUCGAGCGCGCCAAGGAUUGGGAGAGCGAGAUUGGCAAGUCCAUGGUGCAUUGA